UCCCUCGCAGUUAUUUUUCGUGGGCUGAAUGCCGCAGCCAGCAGCCACGCAAGCAGCAGCUCUCAGAAUGGGAAGUGUAUGACCCAGCUUCUGUAUCAAUGGGCGAGUUAUCAGCUGUGUAAUUUGGUUUUGGGAGCACUUUGGUUUCCCGACGAAUGAUGCGAUGAUGGGAUUCGAAGGAACGCGAUGAUUUUCGCAGGUGGGCUCGUGCUUUCGGCCAAAGGGCAGUCCAGUGCGUCCUUCUGGAAACCCAAAGUACGAGGAUGGAGUGGGUGUUACGCAGGGCGGCGAAGUAUCUCGACAUCGGCUCAUAUACAUUUAAGUAUGACGCGCGGCUUCCUCGGUUGUUGCACCAGACGUUUGCUAAUCUAGAAACGCACCAACAGCAAACAUUUGGAGUCCGUAGCCAUUUUGGCUCAAGCAUUGAUUGCCAAAUCAGAGCACUCAACAGGGUUCUUGUGUUCCUGCAAACUGGACUUCCGAUUUCCUCUUUUUUGCCCAGCACAAUUUAGCGGGAUGGUGGCCGCUUGGAAGGCGGCACGGACCACUUUUCUGGUGAUGGUAUUCACGCCCUCGAUCGAGGCCCUCCUCCAACGCAACGACGCGGGGGCCGCGCCGUCGCCCAGGGGACCGUCGACGAUAUCGAUGUGGACGCACGAUACCGCCGCCCUCGAGAGGGAGCUCGCUAAGCUCAACGCCACGGUCGACGCGAAAACUGUCGAGAAGAAGAAGAAUAAGAAGAAGCUGGACGUGGGCACCCACACAUCCUCGUACACAUUGCUUGGUGAUGGAGAUUGUCGUUGCACUGGCGAUGGUGCUGUGGACCGUUACGUUUCGUCGGCUUGGUCCGACUUGGGUUACGAUGUAGCGGACUGUCAGGAUGUCUGCUCCAGCUACUCGUGGUGUCAAGCUUUCCAAUUCGGACAUGGAAUCGGAGGAUGCUAUAUUUAUGCGGCGCCCAACACUGCCAGCAUCCGGCCCGCAAGCAUCACCAACUCUCAGAGUGGUCAAGCUUUUCGAGAUUUGGAUUGUGAAGUCACGGAGGUCAAUCAUAUCCAGGGCCAGUGCUAUUUGAAGGUGGCCGCUCCUCCGGCUACGCCCAGCCCGACGCCCGGUCCCACGCCCAGCCCGACGCCCAGUCCCACGCCAGCGCCCACCUCGGCGCCGACAGCCGCGCAGGCCACCACCCCUGGCGGGGCUGCUGGGGGUGCUACUGCCGUUGGGGAUCCUCACUUGCAGAAUAUCCAUGGCCAGCGGUUCGACUUGAUGAUGCCCGGCAAGCACGUGUUGGUAAACGUCCCUCGCGAGUCGGACGCCGAGAACGCACUGCUUCGGGUGUCGGCCGUGGCGAGCAGACAAGGCGGAGAGUGCCAAGAUAUCUACUUCACGGAAGUGAAUAUCACGGGAUUUUGGGCCUACGCGCAACGGGCGGGGGGGUACCGCCUCCGAGCGCAGCGCGAGCGCAGCGGCAGCGGUAAGUGGUUCGCAGUGGGCAAGGUCUGGCUGAAGGUCGUCAAUGCACACACCGACGCUGGCACCCCGUAUCUGAACCUCUUUGUGAAGCACUUGGGGCGAACAGGGUUUGCUGUCGGAGGUCUGCUGGGUGAUGGUGACCACGCUGGCGUGAGCGAGCUCCCGGCGAGCUGCUUGAAAAGGGUGAGCCUGCAGCGCGUGAGCAGCUCAGUUUCGUCUGCUGCCCCUAUCGCUAUUGCGACCUUUGCGUGACCAAUUUUUCACCGUUCCGGUUUUGUAGCGCUGUACCUCAACCCCCACGCUGUGGUGUGCAACGCGUUCCCAAUCGCGUUCCUUCUGUUCAUCCUCACACCAUUGUGCGAGUUGACAACGCGCGCGCACUGCUGCCAUGCGUCUGCCCGUGCCUGUGUUUAUACAAACAAACACCAACAUUUGCUUUAGGCCUGCCAUGGCCCGUGACGUUGUGUUGUGCACCUGCCAAGUGUUUGGACGGGAGGAGCACGUCAGAAUAUUGACCGAGAUCGACAAGGAGCUCUUGAGUAGCAUGCUGGAGCAUUUGUACAAUCGGGCCCAGUGGCCAGAGUGCUACUGCGGCAACCUUCUGGGCGUUCCACGGGACGUAACCGAUAUGACUGGUCUGGUGACGUGUUGCAAGGGUUGUGGUCUAUGGACUUGGUAGAUGCGAGACGUCAAGUGUCAGGCGCUUGGAAUUUGGAUGCGGUGCGAAUAG